CGCGCGUGUCUGCUCAGCGGCAGCACUGGAUCAUGCCUGCACACAACACAACACAACACAACACAACACCACACCACCACACACAAGAGAGAGAGAGACAGAACAGAUGACCACAGGCGAGACACGGCUGUCUGUGCGUGUUUCCGUGUGUGUGGGUAGGUUUGCUGACUGCCUUACCGGGUGCGGCCUGGAUGGCUUCAGGGAACGGCAUACCCCCGGCGGGCAGGUGGAUGUGCCGGCCAUGUGGCUGGAUGGGCGGCUGGACGGGCGGCGACGGCUCGAGGACAGGAACAGAAUGCUGGACGGGCGGCGACGGCUCGAGGACAGGAACAGAAUGCGUCAUCUGCAUGAGACACGCACGCACACACGAGAGACAUGACGCGGCCCCAUCCACGCGACGCGCAUGUGUGUCUGUCGGUGCUUACGGUCAUGACGGGAGGAGGAGGUGUCAUCGCAGGCCCCUUGUAGCCGCACUGCUCAGGCGUCAGCUUGUGCGCGCGCAUCUGGCACGUUAACACACACACAGAAACAUACACAGAGCCGUGUAUCGCCGUGUAUGUAUCUUCGUCCGUCCGUGUGUGUGUGUGUGUGUCUCAUGGAUAGACUACGAUUUCGAGCUGCUCCUGUGUGGGGAUCCAUCCGGCGGGUGGUCCGUCCAGUAUGGUCUCGAUGAGCUCCCCGACCUUCUCAGGCGGGCCGCACCACGUCUGCCCGUCGCGCAUCAUGUGAGGGGGCGGCAGCACACCCGGAUAGAUGAUCGCCCCCUCGGGGUAUUGCGGGCCAGUCGUCUCAACACGAGCCUCAAUGGUCGUCGGAGCUGAACCACACACAUACAGACGCGGACGGACAGACAGGUGGCCGUGUGGGCGCGGUCUCUGAGUGUGUCUGGUCAGGCUCGUCUCUCUCUCUCUCUGUGUGUGUGUGUGUGUCUGAGGCCGACCCUCUCCAGGCGGCAGUGGGAUGGGUUCGCUCAGCAUCUUGAACUGGUUGAGGUCCACACCACGGGCGGCGAACAGCUCCACCAGCUGAGCGUGCGUGAUGGGGAAUCCUGCAGCAGACACACAAAUUGUGUGUGCGUGUGUGUGUGUCUGUUGUGCCGACCUACCUGGAGGGAUGUCGAUCGUGACGUUGCAUUUGAUGACCGGGACGACGACGAAGUUGGUGGGGCCCGGGGGCAGCAUCUUGGUCGUGCGGUGGGGGAGCGUCUGCACACGCGCCACACGCCACACCCGACACAUUCACAUGAGACAUUGAGACAGGGAGGGAGGGAGCGUUAGCUCCGCACAUGUGUGUGUCUGUGUGUGUGUCUUUGCUGACAGACUGACCACGGGGUAUUUGUUGUACUUAUAUUCGUAGACGGGCACCUCAUAGGGCCUCUCAAUGUCCUUGUACCUGCACACACACAUUGCACACCCAUGACACCAGCACCGACAAUCCUUCUCUCUGUGCAUGUGUGUGUGAGGGUGUGUGCAUCGAGCAUUAUUGCCUCACGUGAUAUAAGGCACCUCACGGUCGAUCACCUCCUCGCUGCCCACGGCCAAUACACGCACACACACACACACACACACGCACGCAGACAGACGAAGAGGGAGAGAGAACAUUGCAGGGCCCGUGGGUGUGUGCGUGCAUUUGUGUGUGUGAUUGUUGACGUCCCCACCGCUCCACCACCACCUCCUUCCACACAGGAACCACAGGGCCGGGCACAGGCACAUCGCGGAACUGCACGAGGGAGGGAGGGACACACAGAGAGAAACAUGACCAUGGAAGGAUGGAUGGAUCGACGGAUGGAUGGACGGAUGGUGGACGAAGUGGCUGGCUGACCUGCUCCUGGACGAUGUAUUUGGGGACCUCCUUGACGACUUGGACGGGCACGUCGACGUACUGGGGCACGGGCAUCUUCUCCACGCGCUCGAUGGUCUUAACCUCCACCUUGGGCACGUACUUGAUCACCGGCACUCUGACCUGAGAUGGAAACAUAUGGACGAUGGACAAAUCUGCUCUCUCUCUCUCUCUCUGUGUGUGUGUGUGUGUGUGUGUGUGCAUGUGUUGGUUACGUCAACAGGCACUGCUCUGGGCACCUCUUUCACCACCUCCACCACAUGAGGCACCUGCAUGUGGACACGCAUAAGGAGACGCAUGUGUGUGUGGUGGGUGGGAGGAGGGCAUGUUGACGUGUGUGGCGUGUUGGUGUACCUCGACGACUUUGUCCUUGUACUCGACGACGGGGACCUCCUGGACGCGCUCGACCGUCUUGACCACCGUCUUGGGUACCACACGCUCCUGCACCAACAGCAGACACGCACAGAGAGAGAGAGAGAGAGGGAGGAAAGGCAGGAGAGACACGGAUUAAUGGGAUUUGUCCGUCCCUGUCUCUUUCUCUGUGUGUGUGAGGCUGUGAGGCUUACGAUGGUCUUGACUUCGACUUUGGGGACAUACUUGUUCACCACCUGCACCUGUGGCACCUGCACCAUACGAAGACACACACGAAGUCUGUCUCGAUGUCGAUGUGGGUAUGUGAUGUGUCUUUUCUGUUCUGGUUGGCCUGCCUACCUCGACGACUCUGUCGACGUGCUGCACGACUGGCACCUCCACCUUGCGCUCGAUCCACGAGUGGCUGAGCUCCGGGACGUACUUGACCACCUCAUGCACCUCCUGCUUGGGGACGAUCUUCUGCGUGUAAACAGGCACCUGACGCUCGGCCACAACGUCCUCGUAGUGCACGUCGCUGUAGACGGGCACCUCCACCUCAACCUGACGGAUGGAUGGAUGGACAACACACACAAUGAAGGACACACAGCAGGCGCAGUCGAUGCCCUCCCUCCUUGCUGCCCGGUCGGCCCCCGUUGGCAUUCACUCACUCACUCGUCGAGUCCCUGUCUGCACUUGGCCGGCGGGUGCGGUGGUGCGGCCGAGGCGGACCAGCUGAGAGUACGUCAGGUCGCCCUCACCACCUGCAUGCGAUAAACACAAGACAUGACGACAUAACACACAUCCCCGCAGCCCCAUUUCCCCCACCACCAGCCUUUCCCCCUGUGUGCGCCCCUUCCCCCGUUCCCCUCGCUCUCACUCACCUUGCUGCCCCUGCUGCCCCUGUCCAAGGGCGUCACGGACGCUUACGGGCUGUCCGGCUGAGGGGCUGGCCUGCGCGAAGGCCGCCGCCAGAGGGGAGCCGGAGGGGGCCGGGCUACUCAUGAUGAAAUCGAUGGGGUGGGGCGGAGAUGUAAUACGUUGACAGACGAAGAGGAGUAACACACGCGCAAAGGGGAGGGGCUGAUGGGGGAACAGAG